UUGGACCAUGCAAACUAGAAAUACUUUUUCUUGGAUAAAGGAGGAGAUUACUCGAUCCAUUUCCGUAUCGCUCAUGAUCUAUAUAAUAACCGGGGCUUCCAUUUCAAAUGCAUAUCCCAUUUUUGCGCAGCAGGGGUAUGAAAAUCCACGAGAAGCAACUGGGCGUAUUGUAUGUGCCAAUUGCCAUUUAGCGAAUAAACCCGUGGAUAUUGAGGUUCCACAAGCGGUACUUCCUGAUACUGUAUUUGAAGCGGUUGUUAGAAUUCCUUAUGAUAUGCAACUGAAACAAGUUCUUGCUAAUGGUAAGAAAGGGGCUUUGAAUGUGGGUGCUGUUCUUAUUUUACCAGAGGGGUUUGAGUUAGCCCCGCCUGAUCGUAUUUCGCCCGAGAUGAAAGAAAAGAUAGGCAAUCUGUCUUUUCAGAACUACCGCCCCACUAAGAAAAAUAUUCUUGUGAUAGGUCCUGUUCCUGGUAAAAAAUAUAGUGAAAUCACCUUUCCUAUUCUUUCCCCAGACCCUGCUAGUAAUAAGGAUGUUCAUUUCUUAAAAUAUCCCAUAUACGUAGGCGGCAACAGGGGAAGGGGCCAGAUUUAUCCCGACGGGAACAAAAGUAACAAUACUGUUUAUAAUGCUACGGCAGCAGGUAUAGUAAGCAAAAUCAUACGAAAAGAAAAAGGGGGGUACGAAAUAACCAUAACGGAUGCCUUGGAUGGACAUCAAGUGGUUGAUAUUAUCCCCCCAGGACCAGAACUUCUUGUUUCAGAGGGUGAAUCUAUCAAACUCGAUCAACCAUUAACAAUUAAUCCUAAUGUGGGUGGAUUUGGUCAGGGGGAUGCAGAAAUAGUACUUCAAGACCCACUACGCGUCCAAGGUCUUUUGUUCUUCUUGGCAUCUAUUGUUUUUGCACAAAUCUUUUUGGUUCUUAAAAAGAAACAGUUUGAGAAGGUUCAAGUGUCCGAAAUGAAUUUCUAGAUCUGUGGAUUUAUCAACAUCAAAUUUGUAAAAAAGAACAAAUUCUUCCUGGCAAUUAGGUUAGGUAUAAUGAAAAAAAGGAUGAAAAGUCUUUUGCUUGUUUCUAUUCUUUCUCUAGGAAUUGCUUUUACCGCAUUCAAAACAAAAUAUGUAUAUUGUGAAGAAGACUAUUUGUCUUUACCUCUUUUUUUUUCUUUUUUCAAUCUAAAUUGGACUAAAUUGGGGGGGGUAAUUAUAUUCCUAUUGUCAGUGUCAGAUUAAAAUGUUACAGAAUCGUUUUGUUUUCUAAAUUCAAUUUGAGUAGAUACUAAACAUAAGAUAAGUAAGUGGAGAAUAGAAAGGAAGGAUAAAUGAGGGGAACAAAUAAUUACAGGGAGUAUUCUUCGUCUUUCUAGCCUUCGACACAAGAAAAGGGUGUGUAAAAUUCCUUUUCUUGUGUCGAAAUAAUAACAAUUACGGGACCCGUUCGUCAAAGAUUUCUAUUCUUAGUUUCGAUUUUUCCCGAUUUUUCAGAACCCUUUAUUUUUUCGAUUUACUUAUAAUAGAAUAAGUAAUAAGGAUAAUAUAAUAAGUAUAAAAUAAGUCGAAAUAAGUAUAAUAUACUAAGUAAUGGACAACCAAAAAAAAGAGAAGGAAUCCUUACCGAUUUUUUUUGAUAAAAUAGAAUCAAGGCGAUAAACUUAUAAAAUAAUUUCAAACUUUGAUGAAAUACUAAAAUAAAUCGAGUAAGGUUAGACUAGUCUAGAAAAGGUUUGAUUGAUAUCUGGUCGACAGAAAAAAAAGAAAUAUUAAAUAUAUAUUGUGUCAUCCAAUUGAGUGAUUCCUUUUUUUCUUCUAACCUUGAAAGUAUCGAUAGAUACUAUCGAAGAGCAGAUGCUAUGAAUCAAUUAAUUGAAAUUGAGUUCAUUUUCAAAAAAUCAUCGGAAAAAGUGAUCCAUUUGUUGUCAUUUAUACGACCAAAAUAUAAUGAUCAUGAUCAUUAAGAAUUCAACAGGACCCUUCCUCGCGAAUCAGACAAAGAAAGAGGAGGCGGGCCCGUUGAGUUCUUACACUUUCAUGCCUAUAACUUAGUUCGUCCCAUUAUCCAUUAUUCCAUAUUACAGGGAUGAACCCAAUCCAGAAUAUGAACCAUAAAAGAAAAUACCUAUUAAACCGAUCACAGGAAUACCAGUUACCGUACCUAUUAUCCAAAGAGGAAUCCUUCCAGUAGUAUCGGCCAUUUAUCCCGCUUCCCUCCGCAUUUCAUCAAGUGGUCAUGCUAAAGACAUAAACAGUCAUAGAUAAUUAUGAGAUACAAUCCUUCCGAAUGGGAUAAGAUAAUUCCUACUAUUAUUUAGUAUUCUACUACUCUUUUUUUUCUUAAUUGAAGAAAUAAUUGGAAAAUAAAACAGCAAGUACAAAAAUGAGUAAUAACCCCCAGUAGAGACUGGUACGAUUCAAUUCAACAUUUUGUUCGUUCGGGUUUGAUUGUGUCAUAGCUCUAUAAUUAAUUCGAAUUAGGUUUAUCGUUGGAUGAACUGCAUUGCUGAUAUUGACCCCAAAAAAGAAACGGUAGGUACAGCUAGUCCGUGAACAGCCAACCAUCGCACUGUAAAAAUUGGA